UGUUUCAAGAGCUUGAAACAAAAGACUUCUUGCUAAUUUGGACAUGGCUAAUCAAGGAGCAACAAGACCCAGUGGGCCAAAUGCUGGAAAUAAAAUUUGCCAGUUCAAACUAGUACUUUUAGGAGAGUCUGCAGUUGGCAAAUCAAGUUUGGUGCUUCGUUUUGUAAAAGGACAGUUUCAUGAGUUUCAAGAAGGUACAGUUGGAGCUGCUUUUCUAACCCAGACUGUAUGUCUUGACGAUACAACGGUAAAAUUUGAAAUCUGGGAUACAGCUGGGCAAGAGCGGUACCACAGUUUAGCACCCAUGUACUACAGAGGAGCGCAAGCAGCUAUAGUGGUAUACGACAUUACAAAUGAGGAAUCCUUUGCCAGAGCGAAAAAUUGGGUCAAAGAACUUCAACGACAAGCAAGCCCUAACAUUGUAAUAGCUUUAGCAGGAAACAAAGCUGAUCUAGCUAACAAAAGAGCUGUGGAUUUCCAGGAAGCACAGGCUUAUGCAGAUGACAACAGCCUAUUGUUCAUGGAGACGUCUGCUAAAACAUCUAUGAACGUAAAUGAAAUAUUCAUGGCAAUUGCAAAAAAAUUGCCCAAGAAUGAACCACAGAAUGCAGGAGCCAACUCUGCUAGAGGAAGAGGAGUAGACCUUACUGAACCCACGCAACCACCCAAGAGUCAAUGUUGUAGUAACUAAAACAUCAAUUGCUUUAAACUGUUCUGAAUAUUCUUCUGCUUCCUAACUGUUAAUAACAUGGAAUUGGAGUGCUUAACCUGGCCCAGUACAGCUUCCAAACAGCGAAGAGACUUAUGAUAAUAGUCAAGUUCAUGAUACAGAGUUUUCUUUUGACCUAAAAUUUUAACAUGCAUGUAUCCAGCACUGGCUGUAAUGUUUCAGCAGUAGAGGAGAGAUGGAAGCGGAAUAAACUUCCUUCAGUUGAAAGGUUUUAAAAAUCGCUUACCAUUAGGGGUGUAGAAGAACUACUUUCUGUGGACCUAAUUGGCCAGUUCCUGUAGCCUCAAUACUGAUCACUGUUACCAUAAAUAUAUCUGGGACUUUUCAUAAUUCUCAAUUGUGCAUUAAAACCUUUUCAGAAACAGGGUCUAAAAAUGACACAAACUUAAUCACAGUAUUGAUGCAACCGGUUGUUUCUGCAGGUAUCUACUGUUUAGUUAUACAUUCCAUAGUUUAAUAAUUUAAUUACAAAUAAUAAUUGCAUUAACAAUUUUAAGAACCCUAUGCUUGCAGGAAAGUGGAGUUUUAGUUGGUACACUGUAUGUAAAUUAUAUCAACCUGGUUAGUUAUCUAAAGGAAUUAGUGAUAAAUCAAGUUUAACUUCAUUUCUAAUCUGUUCAGAGGGUACAGACCAGUAAAUUCGACUUUAUGACUUAGGGUUUUUUUUUCCUCUACAAACUAUAAGAGCUCUUCAAGUAAAACCACAACAAACUUGGUGUCUGUGACUUCUUUCUUGGUUUUGAUCAUUGCUGGCCAUUACAGUUUGUUUUCCCCCUAAGGAAAAAAAAUAGUGCACUAACAAUUAUGUACAUCCAACUUGAUUUUAAAUUUGGAUAUUAAUGUACUGUAAAUAGGUACUCUGCAUUGUAGUCUACAUUUGUUUAAUACUUUCUGUAAUAUUUAAGAGUUGCUUAAAGGUAUACAGAAUGUACAGUUACUUAAAGCUAACUUUUUCCUCUCUAAUCAAAGGGGGUUCUAAGUUCUUCCUUCAUGGCUAGAACAGUAAUAAAUGAUGCUCCUGUAUCUGUAACAUAAGUACUGCUGUCUGUCAGUAAUGAACUUUGCAACUUUGUUUUCCAAAGUACAUUUUAUUUUGAUCUGUCCAGUAUAUUGCACUAAUUCUUUUAGUUAUUUUCAUUAUAUGAAAUCUACCAAGUGUGUCAGAAGAGAUGAAUUAGUCUAUUUAAAUGUUGAACUGAUAGCGGAAACUUACUUGUGCAGAUUUUAAAUUUGCAGUAAUCUGGGUUUAGCAAGGAAAAUGGCAGUUCACCAGUGUUUAGUUUUAUAUUGAGGUGCUCAGGUUUGAAUAAAGUGGUUUAAAAGGAAAAAAAGAUAUUUUUGAUUACUGUUUCUUACUGAGGGUUUCAGAAGGUUUUAUUGCAUUUGCACAGUUCCAGACAAGAUGUCUCAUUUACCGUAUGGGUCAGCAGUUAAGAUGAUUACCAUUCAAUUCAUGGCACAGCUAAA